AUGUAAACUAUAAAGAUCAAUACCCAAAUGGCUGGUAUAUCUGUUAGAUGGUUAGCUCCUCAAAGAUACAGACCACAUCUUGUCAACCUUUGAACAACUAACCCCAACAUCUCAAAUCUGUGUAGUUGCUUAAAUACUAGUUGAGUGAAUGGAUGGAUGGCUGAACGAAGGGAAUAAUGGCUGAAGAAUUAAGGAACAAUGACUGCUGUUUAAAUCGACUUUCCACUUUCCAAAGAGAAACGAUUAUGAUCACCUGGCAAAAUCGAUGCACUCUGAGCUCAGUGAACAUUCUAGGUUCAGUGAAAAUGUACGAGUGGUGGUAGAGGGACGGUUUAAGGAACUCAGCCUCCCAGAUUGCUUGCAUCCCAUCCCUCUGAGUUCUUGCCCCCCCUCCAGGAAGCAAGAGAAGCUCUUAACUUCCCUGCAUGCUCCACCUCACCGCUCCUCUGCUUCUUCUGAAAUCAGGCUCUCGCUGCUGAUUUUCCUGGUGGCUCUUCUCUGUGGAGCAGUGUUUUUCUGCCUCCAGUGCUGGCUGAGGAGACCCCAGAUGGGUUCCCCAAGACGCACCAUGACUGUUUUUGCUGUUGGAGACUUGGACCCUGUCUAUGGGACAGAAGCAGCUGUGAAUCCACCUAUUGGAAUUCACCUUCAAACUCAGAACCGUGAACUGUAUCCUGUUUCAUGUUUUGGCACUUUAGGCCCCCCACCUCCAUAUGAAGAAAUUCUGAAAUCAAGCCGAUUUUAGAUCUGGAUCAUCAAUUGAAAAUGAAACAGCACAUAAAACAUUGACCAGCUUAAAUUAGUUUUGCUUAUUGAAAACAGGUUAUUUUAAUCAAACUUUGCUCAAGGACAGAGAUGGCACUGUGCAUGUGCCAGGUGGGAACCCAUAGCCCCUGGAUGACCCUGGAACCAAGAACCUUCAGAAAUAUUACCACUGGAGUCCUUUACAAAGUGAGAAGUCCUUCAAUAAGGAAAAUCCGGCUUCAAGCAGCCCAAGUAGCUUGAUUACCAGCCAAUCAGCUUACAUGGGCCCAGCUUCAGCUUAGUAUCUCCUAACUCCUUAAAUUUCACCCCAACCUUGGAUCAGGGAGACAGAUUUGAGAGCCUUGCCUCCUGUCUCCUUGUCAGGUGACCUCGCAAUAAAGCUCUUUCUUUUCUCAAAAGCCAGUGCCAUAGUAUCAGCUUUUACGUG